AAUUUCAUUAUGAAAAGGGAGGGCUGAGCCUCGAUGCCUUUCAUUUGCGGUCCGUGCAGCCGAAGCACGUGCUUCCGAGUGUAAAAGGCUCUCAUCUGUGAGAGUAAAGCUGAAGGGGCGUGGAUAAAGGCUUGAGUUACCUGCCCUAGACUUUCACCUGCGGAGGAAUGGAAAGAAUUUACCAAACCACCACCAGCAGCAGCAGAAGCAAGUCAAGUGAACCUGGAACAUAAAACCAUCGGCGAGAGAGAGGACGAGGACCUCGACGCACACCUGAAACAUUCGCUCCUGCAUGAGAACACAGCGUGUGUAAGCCUCAGAGAACGAGACGGAGAGAGAGCUGACCCCUGACCAUGGCUCUCCGGGAACCAGAAAGACCCGUGGGAGAGACAGAAGGAGCGUGUUUACCUGUGCAGGUGGAGCGGAGUGACCGAUGUGAGCUGCACUGACCGGACACCAUGCUCAGACCCCGACGCUUCUGGAUCUUUAACGUGCUCCUGUGUUUCGCCAUCAUUUAUUCUCGACUCGGGGCUCUUUCCUCUGUGGUGGCCCUUGGUGCAAACAUCAUCUGCAAUAAGAUCCCGGGUCUCGCCCCCCGCCAGCGAGCCAUCUGCCAGAGCCGGCCGGACGCCAUCAUCGUGAUCGGAGAGGGGGCACAGCUGGGCAUCAACGAAUGCCAGUAUCAGUUCAGAUUCGGCCGCUGGAACUGCUCGGCGCUCGGCGAACGCACCGUCUUCGGACAGGAGCUGCGAGUAGGCAGCAGGGAGGCGGCAUUCACCUACGCCAUCACCGCCGCUGGGGUCGCCCACGCAGUGACCGCAGCAUGCAGCCAGGGCAAUAUGAGCCAGUGCGGCUGCGACAGGGAGAAACAGGGCUACUACAACCAGGAGGAGGGCUGGAAAUGGGGCGGAUGCUCAGCGGACAUUAAAUACGGCAUCGAGUUUUCCCGAAAGUUUGUGGACGCCCGGGAGAUUAAAAAAAACGCCCGACGGCUGAUGAACCUUCAUAACAACGAAGCUGGCCGAAAGGUCCUGGAAGAGCGGAUGAAGCUGGAAUGCAAGUGUCAUGGCGUCUCGGGCUCCUGCACCACCAAAACCUGCUGGACCACGUUACCCAAGUUCCGCGAGAUCGGCUACGUCCUGAAGGACAAGUACAACAAAGCGGUGCACGUGGAGGUGGUCCGUGCCUCUCGCCUGCGACAGCCCACCUUCCUCAAAGUGAAGAAGACACACGGUUAUCAAAAGCCUUUAGAAACAGACUUGGUCUACAUCGAGCGCUCGCCCAACUACUGCGAAGAGGACGCCAAAACGGGCAGCGUUGGGACGCAGGGGCGGCUGUGCAACCGGACAUCAUCGCACACGGACGGUUGUGACCUCAUGUGCUGUGGGCGGGGCUACAACACGCAUCAGUACACCAAAGUGUGGCAAUGCAACUGUAAAUUCCAGUGGUGCUGUUUUGUGAAAUGCAACACCUGUAGCGAGAGGACGGAGGUGUUCACCUGCAAAUGAAUCGGUUGCACAGCAGAAUCUAUAUUUGCUUUAAGAGUUGAAAUACGAGCCCAGAAGUACGUGCACUGACUCGCGCUAAAGGACUGCAGGAUGCUCGCCGAGCAUGCUGGGAUUUGUAGUUUGGGACUCGGCGUCGUCUCAAAACGCCACGGAGGAACUCGUCGAAGGAGCUCAACGCAAAUCGAGGAUUUUUAUUUGUAAUGCCAACUGGAAUCUGUUAGAGUAUGUUAGCUAUCCAGUCACACUGGGUCUGUCUGUUUGAACACUGAAAAUAAAUUAUUAUAUAUUA